AUGGCGUCGCAAUCGAGUCAAAGCGGAAGCUCCCUAGCCGAACAAAACUCUCAGCCCAUGACCAUCAACCGUCUUCAGGUCCACGGUGCUACGAACACGAGACGAGGAUUCCUCGACCCCAUAUUCCAGCCGCUUCUGGCCGAGGAUGUCAACAGCAACUCCACCCUCGGCGAGGUGGCGGCUCGCCUGGGCGAUGCCAGAGGAAAGCUCGAGAGACUGGGCAUCUUCCACCCCGACCCCAAGGUCCACCUCAACAGCUCGAACCAGACCGACCCCUCGACCACCCCGACCGAUGUCGACGUCGACGUUGUCGUCAAGGAGCUCUCUCGCUACAAGUUCAACGCUGGAACCGAUGUCGGAAACAGCGAGGGUUCCGCCUACACCUCUUUGCUCUGGCGCAACAUUUUUGGCGGUGCCGAGCAGCUCACCGUUAACGCCAGCGCCGGUACAAGAACCCGUUCCGCCUACAGUGCGACCCUGAGCGCGCCGGUCCAGAGCAACCCCGACACUAGGAUUGCGCUCGAGGGACUGGCGUCGGCGACCGACAAGUCAUGGGCCGCCCACGAGGAGGUCCUGAAGGGCGGAAACCUGCGCUUCUCGUGGCUCUCGGGCCCCAAGGACAUGCACUCCCUCGAGUACUCGGGCAUCUGGCGUCAAGUCACCGGCCUGCGCGACAACGCCAGCCCGACCGUCCGCGCCGACGCCGGAGACUCGGUCAAGAGCUCCGUCAAGCACACAUACCAGCGCGACCAGAGAGACAACCCGCAGUUGCCGCAGAGCGGUUACGUUUGGAAGUCUGUCUUCGAGCUCGCCGGUGUCGGCCCGCUCGGCGGUGACGUCGCCUUUUCCAAAAAUGAGCUGGAAGUAGGCGGCGCCGUGCCCGUUCCCGUUCCUGGUGUCAAGGGACCUUCCGGUGUUUCCAUCGGCGGAGGCUUCCGAUGCGGCAUGCUGUACCCCCUCCCUCUCGGCUUCUCCUCCGGGGGCAAGGCCCAGCCCAGCCGCAUCAACGACAGAUUCCAGCUCGGCGGGCCCACCGAUGUCCGCGGUUUCCACUACGGCGGUCUCGGACCCCACGACGGACAGGACUCGGUUGGUGGAGACGUCUUCGCGGCCGGCAGCGUGAACAUGCUGUUUCCUCUGCCGUACAAGGGCCCUGAAUCCUCGCUGCGUUUCCAAGUCUUUGCCAAUGGCGGCAGGCUUGUCGCGAUGCAGAACAAGACCAAGGACGGCGACUCGCCGAGCACUCUCGAUGCUGGGAGCGUUGCCAGCAGCGCCUGGAGAGCAGUAAGCGACCUGGCCACUGGCCUGCCGUCGACUGCCGCCGGUGUCGGUCUUGUGUAUGCUCACCCCGUGGCCCGCUUCGAACUCAACUUUAGUCUCCCGUUGGUUCUGCGACGCGGCGAGCAGGGCACCAAGGGACUGCAGGUCGGUGUCGGCAUCAACUUCUUGUAG